AUGUCUCAAGAAGAAAGAACAAGAGAAGUGCUUCAAUACCAAUAUGAGCCAAUCGCGGCACAUAAUUGGACGGCACAUAAUUGGACGGACAUAAUUGGUUCGGAAAGCGAUAAUGCUGACGAAAUGACCGAAAAUCAAGAAAGACUUGGCAACGUUGACUGGUGCUCCUGUGGCAAUUGUGCACCGAUGUCUACUGUCCCGGAGAGUGUGUGCUGUGUAGAGGAUGCAAGAGUCCUUGGAAAAAUGGUCGGAGCGGCGUGCAUCACAUGUACCGACGACUUUCUUGCUGUUUGCACGAAUAAAGCUGUGAUCGAAACAGCUUUCAAUCAGUACUUGGAACAAGAGGGAUUCAUAGACGACGAGCCACUAAAUGACACAUACAGAUAUGUUGCUUAUCGGCAGUGGACAUUUUGGGUUCACAAGAAACUUGGGAGAAAGAUCCGCAUCCCUAUUCCUACUUGUGCUGUGAACAAAAUCCGUGAAACUUUUCCUAGUGAGAAUGGAAUAUAUAAGGGUUUUGAAUUUGCUCACUAG